AUGGCUGUUGCGACAGGUGCCCAGCUAAUCGCCCGGACGCUGCACGAUCUAGGCGUCACUGUGAUCUUCGGCAUCGUGGGGAUCCCAGUCGUCGAGAUUGCCGAAGAAGCUAUUAACCUCGGGAUCCGAUUCGUGGCAUUCCGCAAUGAGCAAGCCUGCAGCUAUGCUGCCAGUAUCUACGGUUAUAUGACGGGACGACCUGGUGUCUGUCUUGUUGUCGGAGGACCCGGAGUACUCCAUGCGUUGGCGGGGGCAAGUACACUCAUGCAUGAGACAUCUAUACCUCAGAUUUACUAA